GCAUCACUCUAUCGGAAUUUAUCUGCAGCAGCUUCAAAUUUCUGUCCGACUCUGGCCGGGCAUACAAACUUUGGGCCAAACCACCUCCACCCGCCCGACGACAGCCAAACCCCCGGCCAAUGCCCCGAACUUGCCGAUAACAUCUCACUGCGCCCCCCGGCCGAGGGCAAUUGAUACCCGGACAGGGCCACCGACAACGAACAAGAAAGAAGCAGCAGAAGACAGAACACAACACAGAAAUGGCGCCCCGGCUGCCGGCGCGCUGCUGGCGGCAGCUUCAGCCGACGUCGCUCUCGCGGCCCCCGCUCUCGCACACCCUUCCACUCGGCCUCGCCCUCCCCCCCGCCGCCCGCCUCCUCUCCCACACCACACCGCGCGGCGUCAAGUACGGGUGGAGCACGCAGUCGCCCAAGGCGCGGCCGCGGCGCUUCAACCAGCCGUCCAUGGGGCUGCCAGAGCCGACGACGGGCCCGGCAGCGGCCCUCAAACGGCGCGAGCGCACAACGCCUAAGCGGACGGGCGUGCUGGCCAUCAAGAAGGGCAUGACAGCGUUCAUGGGGCGGAGCGGCACGCGAAUCCCGUGCACGGUGCUGCAGCUCGACCGCGUGCAGAUCGUGGCCAACAAGACGCGGGCCCAGCACGGCUACUGGGCCGUGCAGGUCGGGCUGGGCGAGCGGCAGCCCGACAACGUCGGCGCGCCCAUGCUGGGCUUCUUCGAGGCGCGCGGCAUGGCCCCCAAGCGCGACAUGGCUGAGUUCAAGGUGCGCGACCAGACCGGCCUGCUGCCCGUCGGCGUCCAGCUACUGCCCGACUGGUUCCACAUCGGCCAGUGGGUCGACGUGCGCGCCAACAGCCGCGGCAUGGGGUUUGCUGGUGGCAUGAAGCGCCACGGCUUUUCCGGUCAGGAGGCCAGCCACGGCAACUCGCUCAACCACCGCACCAUCGGCACCGUCGGCCCGUCGCAGGGCAGCGGCUCGCGCGUGCUGCCCGGCAAGAAGAUGCCCGGCCGCAUGGGCGGCCAGCAGGCCACGAUCCAGAACCUGCCCGUGCUGAUGGUCGACAACGAGCUCGGCAUCGUCGUGGUCAAGGGCAACAUCCCGGGGCCCAAGGGGUGCACGGUCAAGAUCCAGGACGCCGUCAAGAAGUCGCCGCCGCCGCAGGAGUUUAUCGACGAGACGCGCCGGGUGCUCGACGAGCGCUUCCCCGACGCCCAGGAGCGUUUGUCUGAGGCACGCAAGAAGCACAUGGAGCUCAAGGAGGCGCGCAAGCAGGGGCGGAUAUCCGAGAUUCUCAAGGCGGGCGUGACGGGCGAGGACGUGCCCGAGGCCAUGGAGAAUGCGCGGGGCUGAUUUGUGUCUGUUGUAGUCUCAAGUUGUAGUAUAGACGGCAGUGAAGAUGUACAAUACAGUAACUUUACAUGAAUGCAGUGGUUCUGCCAGCACCCACCAAAGUGAAGCCCCCGCCAGUCUUGUUCAUGACCAUGACAUGUUGCAUGACCACAGGUUGUCUCUAACACCCCCUUCUCUGCUUUUAUAUCGAGUCAAAGAAAGGUGCCUACUCAACGACCCCUCUCCCCCAUCAAUCCUUC